UAAGCUCCUCCUCUCCUCUAUACACGGAUUUAAAUAGCCAACAGGUAACAGCACACCAGAACAAAAACAAGAAGCCAGAUCAAAAGCCAAACCAAAUCCCCAACAGUGGAGGCGGCACCGCACCACGAGCGCAGCCGCGAGAGCUCUUCUCAGGCGCGGGAGACCGGAGACGUCGGCCCCACACCGUCGCCAGACUCGGCCGGAGAGAGGGGGGGGGGGGGGCGGAGCGCUCCGCCUGUGGCCAAUGUCGGUGGAGAGAGGCCAGCGGUGACGCCGAAAUCGCCGAGGGUAUGGAGCUGAGUGGAGCUGUGGCGCGUAGGGGGAUCCGAGAAAUUUCAUUACUUGAGAUUAAUGUUUUGCAAGUGCAAGUUGGUGCUCUGAAGUUUUAGCAGUUGUGUUGAGAGGUUGCGAACCAUGGAGUCACGGAUGGAUCAGUACGAGGUUAUGGAGCAGAUUGGCCGUGGCGCCUUUGGUGCUGCCAUCCUCGUGAACCACAAGAUAGAGAAGAAGAAGUAUGUGUUGAAGAAAAUACGCCUUGCAAGGCAGACCGAGCGGUGCCGCAAGUCUGCACAUCAAGAGAUGGCCCUUAUUGCUCGCUUGCAACAUCCUUACAUCGUCGAGUUCAAGGAGGCAUGGGUUGAGAAGGGCUGCUAUGUUUGCAUCGUGACGGGAUAUUGUGAAGGUGGCGAUAUGGCUGAAUUGAUGAAGAAAGCAAAUGGGACAUACUUCCCAGAGGAGAAACUGCUGAAAUGGUUCACUCAAUUGGCAAUAGCUGUUGAUUACUUGCAUUCAAAUUUCGUUUUGCAUCGGGAUCUCAAGUGCUCAAACAUAUUUCUCACUAAAGAUCAGGACAUUCGUCUUGGAGAUUUUGGCCUGGCCAAGACUUUAAAAGCAGAUGAUUUAGCCUCUUCAGUUGUGGGAACACCAAAUUACAUGUGCCCAGAGUUGCUUACAGACAUUCCUUAUGGAUUCAAGUCAGAUAUAUGGUCUCUUGGAUGUUGUAUGUAUGAGAUGGCUGCUCAUCGUCCUGCUUUCAAGGCUUUUGAUAUGGCUGGACUGAUAAGUAAGAUAAAUCGCUCCUCCAUUGGCCCUUUGCCCACUUGCUAUUCUUCAUAUAUGAAAACACUUAUCAAAAGCAUGUUGAGGAAGAGUCCUGAACAUCGGCCCAUUACAUCCGAGAUUCUGAAAAAUCCAUACCUGCAACCUUAUGUAAAUCAAUACCGUCCUUUUGCUGAUAUGUUACAUCCCGGUCGAUCGCCGCAGAAACCUGUAACCAGUUCACGGAGCAGUCAGAGAAGUAUGUCUGAGAGUCAGUGUAGUAGCAUUUCUGGCAGUGAUAUGGACAGUAUACAAUCAAGUAAAAGAAACACAUCGGGACCAGCUUCAAGUUCCAACAACACCAUUUAUACUGAAGGUGCUGAAACUACUGAUCAUAUGUUGGUUAAAAAAUGUUCAAGACCUGAUGAUCUUCAGAGCCAUAAAGACACUACUGGUCCUGAACUGGAGAGACAAGACUCAUCUAAAUCCAUACAUAUUAAUAAGCAUACCAGACAUGAGAGUAAGCAACCAAAAAUCAUCAAGAAGAUACUAACAACUCUAAGAGAGGAGAGCAAGUUCAGGGAAAGCAAUUCACCUGUGAGAGCUAACCGUGUAAAGCUAAAUUCACCUAGCAAUAGAGAGCGAUCAUCUGACGAUUCAAAACACAACAGUGAUAAUUCCUCCAGUUCAAAGUCUAGUGAAGUGACAUCACAUGAAUCAUCAAAGGUAGGCCGUGAACCUGUGAAACGAGGACAAGUAUCUCCUCCCUUGAAGCAUUUGUUACCAAUUGUUGAGUAUUCUGCGAAGGUUAAGGCUAAAAUAAAUGAGCCGCUACAGCUAGACCCUGUGAAGGAGGUUGUGGAAGAUGAUGAUGCAGCUUCAGGGAAGGCUAAGAACAAAACACCACCCAGUUUUAUUAUAUGUCCUAGUAUUCCUGCUCGGAGGCAAGGAGUUAUGAGUCCAAGUCGUCAACACACUGGGAAGAAACAAGCUCAGAAUAAGGUCAUGACAGAGCAUGCAAAAAGUCCUUGCCAACCUGUCAAUAGUCCAAACAAUGCUCUCGUGCAACUUCCAGGUGUUCCAAUGGUUCCUCCAAGUCAUCUGGAAGGUAUUCAGAGGAAACUGGGCAAUUCACAGGUGAAAUCUGCUCCACCUAGGGCUGUAGCAACCAAGGAAGAUAGCAGCGCUUGCUCCAGUUCUACAAUUGGUUAUGCUGAAAAUAUCGACCAGUCUGAACCAUCUGAACCUGAUUCACCAACCUACUUGGUCUCAUCCUGCAAAUGUUUGAUCCCUGACACUACCAUACAAAAGCAUGGCGUAGCAACUAAACCAAGUUCAGAGGUCAACACCACCAAUAUUCAGAAGGAAAUGACUAGUAAUGGUGAUAUUAGUCUGAGCUCAGCCAUAAAGCCAUCUUUUGAUAUUACUGAACAAGAGUUUAUUUGCAAGGAUGACAUGCCCUCCAGUAUGGUGAGCCAGAGCAAUGGCACAGUCACUGCACAAAGUGAUGAAGACAAGUUCACAGUGCAAGAACUGCUUUCAUCAGUACCAGAUGCUGCUUCCUUUGUUCCAACAACAACAAAAAAUAUAUCACCAGACAAAGGGUCCACUCCUCUUCAGUCAUCAGAGAAAUCAUCAGCUACUCAUGUAAACCCCCCUCCAUUUGAGGACGCUAUACAUGUCAUUACACACAACAACUUUCGUGUCAGUGGUGAGCAGGCAGUAAAAGAGAGUGCUGAAACGGGAGUGCAAAGCACUGACGUUGGCAAACUUCUUAACGUGGUAAGAGAAGAGAGAGAUGCGAGAAGCAUCCAGCCAAACCUUAUACCUUCUGGACUUAUUGAUUCUUCUACAGUGAAGCCGAAUGUCUCAGAAGGUAAUUCUACCAUUCAGAAACCAGCCAGUACAGAUGUGAUAAAAUUAACCACCGUGCCAGAAGUAAAUUUUAGUACUCCGGAGAUCGACAAUGGAUGCAAGGAGGAAGCAUCUCCAGCUAAGGAAACACUAGAUGUCACAUCCUUCAGGCAGCGAUCUGAGGCUCUUGAAGGGCUCUUAGAGCUUUCUGCGGAGCUACUGGAACACAGUAGGUUGGAGGAGCUUGCGAUUGUUCUGAAGCCAUUUGGGAAGGCCAAGGUGUCCCCUCGAGAAACGGCAAUUUGGUUGGCUAAAAGUUUUAAAGGCAUGAUGAAUGACGAACUCGCAGUUCCACAUGAGUACUCGUAGCCUUUACCUUCUCUAUUGAUUUUUUUUUGUGCUCUGAAUCUGCAAAGGUUGUUUGUCAUAUCCCGCUUCUUCACCUCGUGUGAUCAAAUGGUCCCAUGUUUUCCAUUUCUAUAGUUCUCCAUUCUUUAGCAUAUGGUGUAAAUAGCCAGGACUUGUGAAAAGAAAUAAGACACGCCAAAGAUGAUGUUAAAUUUACAUGAUCAAGCUGGUGGAAGGACUACUUUCACCAAAUAUUUAUUUGCCCAUA